GGAACACACCCCGAACGCUUCAAUUGUAGCACCCGAGUGCCUUCCCUUAGGGGUUGAAAGGGAAAUUGGGCUUCCAUUGCGCACCGACGUUAGAAUACUUUACACCGACUGCUCUGCGCUCGAGGUGUUUUGCUGUGCUUUUGCCCAGAGCUAAAUUCAUACCGAGACAGGAAAAUUCCGCUGGUGUCGCAACCCCUUCGCCAUCAUUUUAUUUACCUGCUCAAGCUAAGCGGUUAUCGGUGCGUUUGGCGAUUCACAUUACUCGUACACCGUUUUAGGACCCAAGGUUUGCCCAGUGAGCCUCUCUUUGGGCAGCUUUUCUUCAUUUCUAGGCGUCCUCAAAAGGGAGACGAAGGCGGGAAGACCCCACCGUAGCCGAUCAUUCUCUUGAGAGAUAUAAUCAUAGCUUGUGUAAGCCGUCCCCCCAUCUGUUUUUUCCCCUUUACCAUUGUUCCCUUCCCCGUAUUCGUGAUUUUUUGUGGGGGAAGGCUUCUUCUGGUUGCGGACGACCACCACUCUCUCUUUCUCUUGGGAUUUCUUGUUUUUAUUUGUGAAAGAGGGAGAAAGUAUUUCCUUGCCUCUGCGCAAUCUCCUCAUCAGUCCUUCCCUUUAAACCCUUUCUCGACGUUCUUUUUGUCAAUUCGGGUCGCAUCCAAAUCUGCGUCUACUAUUUUCGACUCUAUUCCUGUCCUUCCUACGAAGUUUUCAAGAUUUCCCCUGCGUUGCCCCUCGCCUCUGCCUCCGCUUUGUGUCAUCCGCACACAGCAGACGUCGACGGGCGGUAGUAAAGCAGGCAGCUAGCAUCAACACAGCGGCUGUAAAUAUCCUCCGCCACCGCCUAGAUCGAGUCAGAAAACGUGGAGGGAGUAAAUACCUGAAAGAGAGAGGGGGAUCGUCCAGGGGCAACUGAAGAGCGAUUAGAUAUAAGGGGUUCAAGAGGGCUAAUUUUUGUGAACUUUUUUUCUCUAUGACGAUGACUAUCAGUCUCACAACGAUGUUUAAUCGUUUACCCAUUUACACACGGCCAAAGGAACCGGCUAUCGGAUAUCCUGUUCUUAUAGAGAGCACCAACCAAACCUUGACCGGUUUGCCGAGCUCGCAGAUUGUUGGCUUCCCACAAUAUUUGGGCGGCAGCAGCGCUCUCAGGAACUCUAACGAGUCGGCUUUUAAAGGACCAUCAGAAAAACCGGUUUUAUCGUUAAAUGCUGGUAGCCACCAAAGCCUUUAUGACGAUGAUCUUGCUCCUCCUCCGCCGCUUAGGAUCAACACCCUCCAAUAUCCUUCUCCGCCUGGCUCUUCAAAUUCAAACCGUACUGUCGGGCCGGGUUCUAAUAAGCAACUCAAUAUCCCUAAUCACACUAUGAACGCCCCUCCGCGAAAACUUAAUAUUACGCGCAAACCAGCGCCAUCGAGUUUUAGCGGUGCCAAUCCGACACAUUCGACACAUUCGACACACUCAUCGGACACAUUCAUUGCAUCUGGUUUGGAUAAAGCCGCUACCAUAGAUUUUUCAUCUUCAUCUUCUUCGCAUGUUCAGCCCCGUGGCCGAGGAUUUGGGUUGGGAAACGUUGUCAAGGGGAAGGUGGCCAGUCGCAAAAGACAUGAUUCGGAUUUCGGAGCGGAAUCGCCGAUCCCAAUUGCUGCGGUGAAACCACCGAAUUUUGUUUCGAUCGAUGAUUGGUUGGACAGUCGUGAGCGUGAGGGGCUUCAUCGACGGUCAAACACCGUUUCCACCGUUGCUACUCAAGUUCCCAGAUACAACGACCCCAUCAAACUUCACCUCCGUCAAUCCACCUUUGCGCCUCUUGCUCCUCCCACCGAGAUGUCACUUAACGAUUCUCCUGCCGUGCCCUCUAUUCCCGCGCAAUACCUUCCCGCGCCCCGCUCAGACUCAAUCCGUGCUGUCUCGGCCCCGCUUCCCCCGCAUGAAAUUCAUCCGAUACAACGUCCCGCGUCUGUUCCCAAGGACGAACCUCAGGAACCUAAGGAUCAUCUCUCGCAGCUCGAAUUCGAGCAGGACCAACUUACUAUGCGUCGCGCCGCGCUCCGCCGCGAGAUUUACGACCUCGAGCAAGUCCUCCCGCCGAACCCCAGCACUCACAACCCUGUUGCCAGACGAGAAAUGCAGGCCAGAAGAGACCAGCUCGUUCAGGACCUCGCGGACGUCGAGAAGGACCUUCACGAAAUGGGAAUGAAGCUGCAUAGAGCCUGGAGACGAAGAGAUAAGAAAAUGGGUACCGAGGGGCCUACGCACUUGUGGGUUUCUAGAGUCACUGGCAGCGGGGAUGAAUAAAGUCGUAUCUUAUUCCCCCCCUUUUUUCUCUCUUUUUCCCGGUUUCUUUCGUUACAUUUUUCUAUUCUUCCUUUGAUACCUACCUUUUCGCUUCUUGUAUAUUCUAUUUUCUAUUCGAUGGCGGGCUGUAUUAAGUAAGGAUAGGGUGGGGUCCGUCUUCUGUAACUAUCUAUUUAUCAUUGUUGGCGUUUUUCCCCUUGGCUCUUUUUGUCUCCUAUUUGCAUCGGAGUUGCGUUAUUUUUCUCUUAAAUUACCUCGCUCAAUUUAUCUUCAAAAAACCAAGCUUGUUUUCCUCCUUAUAUAUUGGGGUUUUCCUGUUUUUUUAUUUUAUUCCUCACUUUCCUUUACC